GCAGGACUUAUCCACAAUACCUUUCUUGUGUGUUGAUACUGUACCUGUAAAACAACGAGGUUGGGGCAGAAACAGCAUCAGGUCAUUACAUAUUCUCCCAGUGGCAAACUAUACUGGAUUCAGUCAUGUUGAUAUGUUACGGACUGUGGCCACUUUUACUAGAGCUGCUGCUUCUUGCACGCACACACUUGAGAGGAUAGGGCAUGACGUCAGACCAGACUUGCGCGUGAUCUGGUUUGUAUUAACACCACAUUGAAACACACCCAAAAUUAUCUGUUAACAAUUUUGUUUUGUUUCUAUUGUGUUAAGUGACAGCACACUCAACAACACACGUAAAAAAGUUAUUUGCAAAAAGAGGAAGGAAAAAAAAAACAACAACAACUCGAGCGCUGUUAUGGUAACCAUGUCAACGCGGUUUGUUGUCAUUAGCAACCAGUGUAGCAGUGUUCUGACCUGAACGCUUUUGUUAGUUGAAAAAAAAAUAUCGAAUAACGUUAAGAUAAGUAAUAUCUACGCUGUAAAGCCGCUUAUUGGAUAAACAAUGGACUCAAACUCGUUAUACUAUUCCUUGGAACUCGUUGCCGGCAGUGGAUGUACCUUAAAUGUUGAGCAAAGAACCGCCCUACAGACUUCCUUGGUGAUACUGAAGAAAAACUACAAAUUCCAUCGAGUCUUGUUUUGGGGCAAAAUAUUGGGAUUAAAGGAUCAUUACUUUAUUGCUCAGGGGAGAGGAGAAGAUGAGAUGAAGGAUAAAAAGAAUCUGUAUAGCUUCAACUGCAUAGACUGGUUCCUGCUGCCCCCUGCCACAGAGUCUAUGAUUGAUGAAGUGUCCAGAGCUGCCAAGACUCGCUUCAUAGGAGACCCCUCAUAUGUGUAUGAGCAUCUUGAGAUCCGCAGGCGAGGAGGAGAUGAGGCUGAAGAGGAAGAGGUAUGGACCAAAGUCAGCGAGGAGAGCAGGCUGGCAGUGACAGUUCAUAAGAUCGAUGAGGAAGUGUCUGUGGUACCACGUGGUGCUUUCGUCAAGAGUCCACAUGGCCUUGUCCAGAUCAACCGCAGCUUUGGCGGUCUGUCUCACUCAGAAGCAGGGAAGCUCGACAAUUUCCUUCACUUCAGCGAACCAAAGAAUCUGAGGAAGAAAUCCAUCCUGGAGAUGGGUAAAUUGAACCCAGCUAUUGACUUCCUGGAUGUACUGAGUGAUGACAUUCCUAAAGGAUCAUGGAGUCUCCAGUUUGAAUGUGCCAGCAAAGUGCGUGUGCUUCGCAGUGUGUUGUGGCUCGGCCUGACCUUCUACCAUGUGCCAAUGACACCACAGCACGGAUACAUCUACAUCGGUGAUGGGACCAAGAAUUUGGACCUUCCCUUCAUGCUAUAGAGACGUCUUAAGACUUAUUUUAAGCUACAAAUUUCUCAUGUUUCUCUGGUGUUGAUAUCAAUCUUCAAAACCAAAAUGUAUUCUAUGUAACAUAUCUGUCUUGAAACAAAUAAAGGGGUUCAGUCAUGCA